GAUAUUUCGGAGUGAAAAAGCUGAAAGAACAAGUUUUAUCUUUUGGUGAAACUAGCCUGUUGCUUCGUGAUCUCCAUCCUGGUACAGAAUACACUGUAGAGAUUCAGGCAGAGAACAGUAUAGGGCUCAGUGAACCUUCUGACCCUGUUACAUUUACAACACAGGAGGAAGAACCAGGAGCGUCACCUGUGGAUGUUAAAGUUUUGGCUCUGGACUCAGGAACACUGUUAGUAAGUUGGAAGAGUCCACCCAGAGACCAGUGGAACGGAGUCCUGAAAGGUUACUACGUCAGCUACAAGGUCAAGGACUCUUCAAGUAGAUUCUCUUACGAGACUGUGACGAAAGAUGACGUCACAGACAAAGAUGAAGAAGAAGUAACAAUUCGUGGUUUGAACGUUGGAACAGAAUACAUAGUGACCGUGAAAGCUUUUAAUAGUGCUGGAACCGGACCUUCGUCAGAGGAAGUGACGUGUGCCACACUCCGGGGAG